AUGGAGGCUGCCUCAAGCCCAGGAGCCCUGCAGAAGUUGCUGCAGCGCCUGGGCACUGAGACAGAGCCACACAAGGUCUACCAAACCCUCAAGAAACUCUCUUCCCUGCCCAAGCUCUGCGACACCCUGGCAGAGAUUAACUUCAAGCAAACCAUCAAGCUCCUGAGGAACCAGCAGCUCCUGCUCCUGGUCCCCUUUGCCAAGGACUUAGCAGCCAUUUGGUCAGAGAGGUCCCAGUUGGAGCCCCAUCCUGAGCCAGACCAGGCGGACUUUGCCUUCGCCUUGAGCCUGAUGACAUUGCGGCCCCGAAACUGUCCAGAAGACAAGCCCCGUGAGUCCGCGCCAACGGAACACAGACAAGAUGGGACAGAGGUCUUCCAUCUAGCUGCACAGAAGCGGGUGCCUGUGGCAAAGCCCCGAGGAAGUAGAGAGGAGCCCUGGCGCUUCCAAGUGGCCAAGGCCAUCUCCAGCGAGUCAGGUGCUGGGGGAAAGACUCCAGGCCACUGGAUGGAGGAAGGGGCCCCAGCUGAUCCUUUGGAGGCCUGCCUCAACUCUCACAGCUCUCCUCCUUCCUCUGCUCUGCAGCUGCAGCUGACUGGGUGCAAGAGGAGGGGAAAAAGCACCCGGAAACCUGAGGCCCUUAGCCCUGGAGCCAAGGUGCCCCUUGGCAAGUCUCCGAGUUGCCAAGAUCCCAACGACACUGGCGUCCUCGCUGGGCAUCCCCUUGCACAAGAGGCUUCCAGUCUCCAAGAUGGCUUCCCGCUGGGUGGCCCGGAGCACUCUUCCUUGCACACUGACCAAGACUCCCUGCCUUGGGUGCACAGGACCCACUUCAAGACGCCAGUCUAUUCGGGUCGUGCACCUGCCAGGCUCCUGCAGAACUCGCAGCCAGGGCGCCUUGCUGAGCCCCUUGACUGCCCAUCGAAAACUCGCUGCCAAGGCACAGCGGAGGAAGAAAUUGAGCCCUGGCAGCAAGGGGAGGAGUCCCGUCACCAGUCACAGACACACAGGGGCAAGGCAAUGCACACCAAGACUGCCAAGGGCACAAUCCUCCAGCUGCAGGAGUCUCCUGAGCUGAGGCUGCAAGCUCUGAGAGCCCGCCUCCAAGGCGCGCAAGCCAAGAAGCCCGGAGGCCGCCAAACCAAGAUGAUAGCCUUCCAGGCUCAAGGUUCAAGACUCUGCCCAGGCCAGCAGGCAGAGUCUGCAGCCCGAGGGGCCGCCUCCUCCGAAAUGAGCAGCCGCCAGGAGGCCUCUGCCCAGCGCCCGCCACGGAGGGCUCCCUGCAACAAGACCCAGCCUAAGAAGAGACCUGCCCCUCUCAUGGCCAAGGUCCUCAGGGAUUACAAGAAGAAGCUCACUCUGAGGUGA